AUGCACCCUAUAAAUAUAUCUUUCUGGGAUUAUCUAUCAAUAAGGACAUUUACAUAACUAUAGAUAAAAGAUAUUAAUCGAAUCUAUGGGUGUAAUUUUUGGCCUCAUCACUUCUAUGGACGUAACCUAUGGGCAUAACCUAGCGAAGUUUUUUUAAUAACCAUCAUUAAGAAUUUAAAAAACUUAGACAAUAUAAUGAAUUUAAUUAAAAAAAUAAGUGCAAAUGGAAAGCAAACCAUCAAACGACACUUUUAUACUCCAAAGUUGAAUAAAUAUCCUGAUUUAGAUUUCGAUUAUUUGUGCAGUGCAAGUAAUUGUGAAGAGAUUUUAAAUAACAUCACUAGAAGAAAAGGUGUUGGUGAUAUACAUUCAGUGCAAAAAUUUAAGAAACAACUUGAAAAUAGUAAAAAUGCUACUGAUCACGAUAAACUGAAGCAACUGUUAUACACUGAAGCUUUGAAAAUCCCAAAUAGAACUCACCCUGACGUUUUAAAAUAUACAACUGACAUUAAUAUUGUACGAUUUAUAAACCAGAAAAAGAACUUCGACUUUCAUCCACAAGAAUUCCAUGAAAUAUCAAAAAAAUUAAACCUAGUUCGUACUGACCAAUUAGGAAAUUUGUCAGGAAACAGAAGUUACUAUGUUCUUGGUGAAAUGGCAGAAUUAGAACAAGCACUAAUCAAUUACACAGUCAAUAAGUUAUUUGAAAAAGGUUUUCAACUUAUGUCUGUUCCAGAUAUACUUCAUAGGAAUAUCAUUGAAAAUUGUGGCAUGAAUACAAAAGGAGAGCGUAACCAAGUUUAUUUACUGGACCAGAAACUUUAUGGACCCGAUUUUUGUUUAGCAGGGACAUCUGAAAUGUCUUUAGCAGGAUUUUUAAUGAAUAAAACCUUUUCUAGAAGAGAAUUACCAACAAAAUUAGCAGCAGUAAGUCGAUGCUACCGAGCUGAAACCUCAAGCACUUCAGAAGAAAGAGGCAUUUAUAGGGUUCACGAGUUUACAAAAGUUGAAAUGUUUGUCAUUUCAACGCCUGAAUCGUCAGAAGAUCAUUUAGAAGAAUUAAUUACAAUUGAGCAAGAUUUAUUUGGAGAUAUGGGUCUUUACUUGAGGGUUUUAGACAUGCCUCCGCAUGAACUGGGGGCUCCAGCAUACAGGAAAUACGAUAUUGAAGCGUGGUUACCUGGACGAAAAAUUUUUGGAGAAAUUUCAAGUUGUAGCAAUUGCACUGACUACCAAUCAAGGAGGUUGAAUAUCAAAUAUUCAAGCGAUAACGACCUUCGUUAUGUACACACUUUAAAUGGAACAGCAUGUGCUAUACCAAGGAUGCUCAUUGCCCUCACCGAGACUUACCAGACUGAGAAGGGUUCAAUUGAGGUACCAAACGUCUUACAAAAAUAUAUGAACAAUAAAAUGGCUAUUGGAAGACAGAAAACGAUUCCAGAACUCAAAUUAGUAAAAAAUAAAAAAGAGAAGUAGUUUAUAUUUUAUUAAUUGUA